AUGGCGGAGCUCAGAGCCAUACGAGAAGGUAUAACUCUCGUACAUAAGUUAGGGCACAAGAAUGUGUACGUGGAAAGUGAUUCCACGUAUAUUAUCACCCUUUGUCAAGGUAUGACUCGUGUCCCUUGGUUUUUUGUAAAUAUUUUGGCUGAUAUUAGAUUUCUGGUCUCUCAACUUGGUAAUGUAAUGUUUGUCCAAAAGUAUAGGGAGGGUAAUGAAGCUGCCGAUAUUCUUGCUAAGAAGGCAGCCAACGAGGCAAUAUGUGAUGAAUGGUUGUUUAAUCCUCCGGCUUUUUUGAAUGCUGUGUUAAAGAAGGAUGCUUGGGGAAGGGCUUUUCCCCGGUUUGUAAAGCACAGUGAUGUCGAUAUUGUUAUGAGAUUUAGGCGUUGA